AACUGUGGCAUUUUUGCUCCAAGACGUUCACCCGGAGAGCGUUUAAUAAGGGCGAACAUCAGUGGCGCUCAUGAAACUGACCUCCCCAAGAUCCAGGACCAAGUGACAUUUGUGUGGCAGGGAGUCACCACUCCUAUUUAGAGUUUGGAGGAGGAACAGUAUUUGCCUCUUCCAGCCACACCCUCACCUGAUAGUUUUUCUUGCUCUGCACCUUCCUUCCUUCCUUCCUGCGUCUGGACUCACUGAGAAACUGGGAUAAAAUCGGAAGGGGAACUUGUCAGUGAAUCAUGGUCAGAGAAGACGCGGAAUUGAGUGUUUCUCCUGGCAUCUUCCUUUGAAUCGAGGGAGUGAAAAAAAAGGAAGCAUGAGAGACACUGGAGACGCGGCAGAAGGCGGACACAAAAACAACAAAUCUGAAAAGGACCAGAGUUGGAUCCCCAAAAUCUUCAAGAAAAGAAUUUGCAGCACCUUUGUGGAAGAUUCUUUAAGCAAUGGCGCCUUGUGCCAGUGCGGGGGGACCAGAGAUACCCACGCCUCUGUGGCUCUCGGCGACUAUUUCAGCACGGCCAUUGUCAAUCACUGGGACAGCGCCCAGCACUCCUCCGAGUACCCGACGGAUGCCUUCGGGGAGCUGCAGUUUGCCGGCGCCAGCAAGAGGCACAGCUACUUCUUGCGGCUGUCGUGGGACACGCCGCCGUCGAUGGUCUACACCCUGAUGACCGCCCACUGGGGUCUGCCCGCGCCUAACCUGGUGGUGUCCGUGGUGGGCGGCGAAGGCAGGACCAAGGUGAAGACGUGGGUGCGGGAGGUCCUCAGGCAGGGUCUGGUCAAAGCCUCCCAAAGCACAGGAGCUUGGAUUUUGACAGCGGGCUUGCGCGAAGGAGUCGGCAGGUGCGUCGGAGAGGCGGUGAGGGAUCACGCCACUGCGGCUUCUUCGGUCUCUCUCAACAAGGUGGUGGCUCUGGGCGUAGCCCCCUGGGGCCUGGUCCACAACCGGCAGCAGCUGGUCAAUGAACAGGGCAGUUUCCCUGCCAAGUAUUACGUCCACAACACAACCCGGGACUCGUGCUGCCUGGAUAACAACUACCAGGCUUUCCUGCUGGUGGAUGACGGCAGCAUGGGCCGUAGAGGGGGCGAGACGGGCUUCAGGGCCAAACUGGAGGACUACAUCUCCCACCAGCGCACAGGCAUUUGGGGCAGCGGCAGUAUCGACAUCCCAGUUCUUUGCAUGCUAGUCUCCGGGGACGCCAGUCUACUGGAGAGGGUGGAUCUCUCUCUGAAGAGCUCCAUGCCCUGGUUGGUGCUGGCGGGCUCGGGGGGCACGGCCGACUUCCUGAGUGACGUCGUGAAGAAUGUGUCGUCAGCGCCGGUCGUCCCCUCUUCCGGCGAGUGCGACGGUGAGGCGGGGCCCAGCGUGGACCUGAAAGACCGAGUGGCAGAACGGGUUCGCAAAUAUUUUCCGUCAGAAGCAGAGACGGACAAACUUGUUGAGCAUGCUCUGAGCAUCUACCAGAACAAAGACUUGAUCACCGUUUACCACGGCGAGCAGGAGGGCCCCAACGACUUUGACACGGUGCUGCUCAAAGCUCUGGUGGGAGCGUCCAAGCAGCGCGUGUCCGCCGACCACAGCCCGUACAACGAAGAGCUGAAGCUGGCGGUCACGUGGAACAGGGUCGACAUUGCCAAGAGCGAACUCUUCAACGGAGACAUCCAGUGGAGGUAUGAAGACCUGGAGGACUCCAUGACCGACGCCCUGGUCAACGACAAGCCUCAGUUUGUGCGCCUCUUCACCGAGAACGGCCUCAACAUCCUGGACUACCUGACUUACGGCCGCCUGGAAGGCCUCUACAGAUCGGUGGCCGACGGGACGCUUCUCUACCAGCUACUCCAGCGCCGCCUGCUGGAGAGACUCGGUACGCCGUCGCCCCUGCAGGAGACCCCCGGCAAAGGCAUGGCUGAGAAAAUUCACAGUGGACCGGUGGCUGAGCUCAGUCUUUUCGAGGUGUCAAGAGUGCUCGAACUGUUAAUGGGUGACGUCUGCCAGCCAUUCUACUAUGCCCCAUUGGAUUUGGAACAGAUCAUGUCCAAAAGGAGAGCAAUGAGGCGCGCCAGCAAGCUACUGCGUGGAGACUGUCUGUAUCGAGAGAAGCGCUGCCUUUUUCCCUGGGCUUCGCUCUUCAUCUGGGCCGUCCUCCAGAACCGCAGCGAGAUGGCCACUUUCUUCUGGGAGAUGGCAGGAGAGUCGGUGCUGAGCGCGCUGAGUGGCUGCAAGAUGCUCAGGGAACUUUCCAAACUGGAAGUUGAGACCGAAACCAAACUCUCGAUGAAAGAGUUGGCACAGAAGUUUGAGAACCUGGCACAUGAUGUCUUCAGUUCUUGUUACCGGAGCAACGAAAGUCGGUCGUUCACCUUGCUGAUUCGCAAGUCGCCGGUCUGGGGCGGGACCACUUGCCUCCAAAUGGGAAUGAGUGCGGACGCGCGCCUUUUCUUCAGCCACGAUGGAGUUCAGUCUCUGUUGUCCCAGAUCUGGUGGGGCGACAUGAAGAGGAACACAGAGGUGUGGAAAUUGUUGCUCACCUUCUUCUGCCCUGUCCUCUGCUACACCAACUUGAUCUCCUUCAGGGUAACAGAGGAGCACCAGCAGGAAAAAGAUGUGAAGCCCACCGAGGACACCGUGGGCCGGGACAACGACAGCCUCUAUGGCACCACCAUCUUUUCCUUCUCCGACAUUAAGCACAUUGAAGCAGAUUCCCAAGGAGUGUACACUCCCAGGACUGCCACCAUCAAAGGCCGGCCCCUCUCGCCGAAACCUCCCGAGCGGCCGUUCAUCGUGUCGAGAUGGCGUCAGUUCUGGUUCGCCCCAGUCACGGCCUUCUUGGGCAACGUCCUCAUGUACUUCCUCUUCCUGCUGCUUUUCGCCUACGUGCUGCUGGUGGAUUUCAAGCUGCCGCCCCCCGCGGGCCCCGCCAUUACUGAGCUGGUGCUCUAUUUCUGGGUCUUCACCAUUGUCUGCGAGGAGAUACGAGAGACCUUCUUUUUAGGGACGAUGACUUUGCGGCAGAGACUCAGGGUCUACAUUCAGGAUGUGUGGAACAAGUGCGACCUCACCGCCAUCAUCCUCUUUGUCAUUGGCCUGAUUUGCAGGAUGUUCAACGCGUCCUACGAAUUUGGCCGAGACGUGAUGUGCGUGGACUACAUGGUCUUCACGCUGCGCCUCAUUCACAUCUUCGCCAUUCACAAACAGCUGGGACCCAAAAUCAUCAUCGUGGGAAAGAUGAUGAAGGAUGUCUUCUUCUUCCUCUUCUUCCUGGGGGUCUGGCUCAUGGCCUACGGCGUGGCCAACCAGGCUUUGCUGUAUUCCUACGACCCGAGUCUGGAUCGCAUCUUCCGCCGGGUUUUCUACAGGCCAUAUUUACACAUUUUUGGACAGAUCCCCGUCGAGGAAAUGGACGUGGGGAAGCACUGGGACAUGGCCUGCACCAACAACGUGACGCUGAUCGAUGGCGGCGCGGAGCCGUGUCGAAUUACGUACAGCAACUGGCUGGUCGUAAUCCUGCUGAUGAUUUAUCUGCUGGUCACCAACAUCCUGCUCAUCAAUCUUCUCAUUGCCAUGUUCAGUUACACCUUCUCCGAGGUGCAGGCCAACAGCGACAUUUACUGGAAGUUCCAGCGCUACAACCUCGUCGUCCAGUACCACUCGCGGCCCUCGUUGGCGCCGCCCUUCAUCAUCCUCUCUCACCUCAACCUCUUCAUCAAGAGGAACAUCCGCAAGGUCUCCUCCGUCAAAAUCCACCACUUCGUGUUGCAGCUCAAAGGCAAGGCGGCAAACAGACUCAUGACGUGGGAAACCAUUCAGAAGGAGGACUUCCUCACCGCUCAGAACAAAAUCCAGAAGAGCAGCGACUCGGAGAGGCUCAAGCGCAUGUCGGCCAAGGUGGACGGUGUGAUCAAACAUCUGACUGAAAACAGAGACUUUGACCACAGGCUCAGGACUUUGGAGAGUGAGAUGGAAUAUUGCUCCAGCGCACUCAGCUGGAUCGUCGAUACUUUGGCGCAAGGCGGCUCAUUUAAACCCCCUCGCCCUCCCCCGAACCUGAGAGAUUCGUUCACACCUUGUUCUUGAUGCGGCUUUGGUGAGGCCUCGGGUGAAGCGGGGGGCACGACAAAACGGUUUCACCUUGGCUCUUGCCAUGCCAACGGGCUGCCAGACCCGGAUUAUGAGCGGCCUCGGUAGGAGGAGGAAACUCGGCCAUCCCGACAUUGCUCUAGUAUCGAAUGUUGGACUUGCUCCUCUUUUUAAAGUGCAAUGUUUGCCGUUCAAAUGGCAAAUCAUAUUUUAUAGUCUGCAACUGGAUCAUGGAUAGAAUUAAUACGGAUCCAAAUCUGAUGGGGGGGGGGGCCUAAAUGUACUGCAUGUUAAUUCACAUUUGAUGCUGAGCGUGUACGAUUUGUUGUCACUUUUAUAUUGUCCAUCGAGUCACACGACUUGAGGAAAACCUUUUUGAUUUUUACCAUGUGAGGCGCAGUUGUUUUAGAAUAAAAGCUAUCACAAUUUA